CUCAAACUACAGGUAAUCUGUGACCUUUUCCUCUGCAGAUUCCCUGGGUUUUUCCAUGUUCUUUAACUUUUCUGUUGAUUUUUAUAUGGUACGAUGAGCAAGGAUCAAUUUAAUCUUACUGGUACAUCUGAAGUAAAAAUCAGUUCUGCACUCUUUACUACAGUGAUGCUUGGAUCUAUCUAUGGAUUGGGAGAAGUUCUGAAGAAAAAGCACUUGAAAGAUGUGCACCUCCAACAAGUGUCUGUAAGAAGGUUUGCAUCGUUCAAUCUGUUUUCAGUAGAAGACGAGAAUACAGAAGAGGAAACUGGGACCUGGGUUCAGUACAAAAGCAUCUUUUAUCCUGAGUAUAGUGUGUCCUUAAGAUUUCACAACGGACUCUUAAAUGUUAAAGAUGUUCUUACAAGUUUUGACAACACAGGGAAUGUCUGUAUUUGGCCUUCUGAAGAAGUGCUGGCUUACUACUGCCUAAAGCACAAUGAAAUAUUCAGGGACCUUGCUGUGUGUGAGCUAGGGGGUGGCAUGACAUGCUUGGCUGGGCUCAUGGUUGCUAUUUCUGCAGAUGUCAAAGAAGUUCUGUUAACUGAUGGAAAUGAAAAGGCCAUCAAAAAUGUAAGUGAGAUCAUCACAAGAAACCAAAAUGCAGGAGUAUUUAAGGCUCAGAAAGUGUCAAGCUGCAUUUUACGAUGGGAUAAUGAGACAGAUGUCUCUCAACUGGAAGGACAUUUUGACAUUGUUAUGUGUGCUGACUGCCUGUUUCUGGACCGGUACAGAGCUAGCCUUGUUGAUGCAAUAAAGAGAUUACUCCAACCCAGUGGAAAAGCAAUGGUAUUUGCUCCACUCCGAGGGAAUACUUUAAACCAGUUUUGCAAUCUAGCUGAAAAAGCUGGUUUCUCUAUCCAAAGACAUGAAAAUUAUGAUGAACACAUUUCGAACUUCCACUCCAAGUUGAAAAAUGAAGAAAAAGAUACAUAUGAGGAAAACCUCCAUUACCCUUUUCUUCUCAUUUUAAACAAACACAGAUAGAAGAUGACACUUUUGCUUGUUUUAAGGUGGACUACUGAAAAUUAAUCCAUAUACAUGGAUGGCCAGGGAGUGGGGAGGGUUCCGUUCCCCCCGUUUUGUUGCUGAGUCAUCAUUAGAGAAAUAUUUCUAAUCUAAAUGCUGAGGAAGAUACCGUGACUUGUUUCACGGUGUGUAAACUUUGAGACAUCUUUUUUGUAUCAUUCUAGAACUUAUUUUUCCAAUUAUAUUCCAGCCUAAAACUGAUCAGACUUCACAUGUAUGCAUUAACAAAGGUGUAAAGCUGGCUUCCUUCUCUUUUGUGCCUUUAAACUUGCAUGUACUUUGUUAAUCUCUUUUUAAAUGUUAUUUUUGGGGUGUAUUUGAAAAUAUGUGAAUAAUAUACUUUGUGGGCUUAUAUAACUGGUUGUAAAGUAGUAAAUGCAUUCACAUUUAAUUAGUAAGGAAAUAGUUGUCUUAAGAUCUUUUAAAAGUGCACCUAUUGAAUGCUUGGAUUUUUCUGCCUUUUUUUUUUUUUUUUUUAAAUUCCACUGUUGAUUUUUCUGUCCAUGAUUGAAAUGUCCUUAUUUGCUUCAGUGUUGAAGGCUUUUUUUAUAAAUGUGUGUAUAUAUGUUUUUUUCCAGCAGGACUUUUCCUCCUGUAGAUGUGUAAGGAAUUAUGCAUCAGACAAAAGCCUCAUAAACUGACCAUUUGUCCUUUGGACACAAUAGCCUGCCCAGCCCCUCUGCUCCUCCUCUCCAAUUAUGUGUGAUUAGUCUCAGUGUGUUGUGUCAAGAAGGGGGAGUGUGCUGAGUGCUUAUUAUCUGUUUAGGUACAAGAAGAGCACAUUUAGGUUCUGACUAUGAAUGGAAAGUGAGCCUUUAUCAGGACUAAAAUCUAAAUGCUACUAUCCUAGAAAUCGCUUUUUAAAAAAUACAUCCUUUUCUGAUAAAUUCCGAGAAACACUUAACAACUAAAGGAUUUUGUACUGUAAUCAAACUAUCUUCCUUGAAUUAGUUUACACUGUGAUAUAUUGUGGCCCAAGUAUUUGAUAAACAUUUCAUGUGACUUUUCUUUUACUGGGAGAGACAAAAAUCCUACAAAGAAACAGGAGCAAUUUCUUAUUUUCUUAACAGUUUAAUAGACCAUUUUAAUGACUUCUCAGAAAAACAACCUGGAUCACUAAAGAAUCCUCUAUAGUCUCUUAAACCACAACACUUUUUAAAUUAUAAAAAAAGAGAGAGAGGCAAAGACCAUGACUAAGAGAAGGAGGUACUAGAUGCAACGAAGUGUAGAGGAUCAUGCUGAAAUACAUUAAUUAAAAGAACUGCAGUUUGGCAAUAAGCGUUCUUCCAUAUUUAACAAAUUGGGCAGCAUAUAAACCACAAGCUCAUGAAAGUCCCUUUCUCUUUGCUCUUCUUCUCAAACAAAUUUCUUCACUACUGGUUUGCAUGUCCUUGUAUUCAAUACUUUUUAUGCUCCAUUAGAGCACCUAGAUGGAUCUCAGAAGGCAUAGGUCAAGUCGCAGUUAGAUCAUACAUUUCUUUCUCACAAAAACUUGAAUUGCAAUGCCAAGUGAUGGGCUAACAUCACAAUAACAGCAAUUUAUUCCUCUUUUGAUAAAAAGCAGCCUAUUCUCAGUGUUAGAUAAAGACCAGGGGCAAUGCAAACCAACCAUUUAUGCUAGAACUGAGUAGUAUGUCUCCCCUAUAGCUGGUAUGAGUUUCAUAUUCAAACUCUCGUUGGAAGAUACUUGUCUAGUAAGAAAUCAAAAACAUUUAGGAGUAAUUUAAAAUUGCAGUGAAAGUGACUUUAGUUUAAUUAGUUUUGUUUUGUUAGUCCCCCAGAGCAGUGCCUUUGUUUUCUCUAAAAACAUGUACAAGGAAAUCUUUAUAAUCAACAAAGGAGUGUGAAAAAUAGUGAAAUAUUAAAAUUUGUGAACCUUUUAUUUUUGAGAGGCCUUGAAUGUCUGCUGUACAAUAAUCUAAUAAAGAUUGUUAGUUGCCAAAAAUA